AUGGCAACAAGAUCCAACACCCCACACCCCAAAGACAAGAGGGCGCUCCCUUGCCGCCGCACAGGCUGCCUAACCUGCGACGAAGGCUAUAUCGACUUCAUCCCCCCACCCCGCGACCCAAGUCUUCUCCGCCAAUAUUUCCGCCGCCGACCCUUCGGCGCCCCCAAACCAGCACCCCUCCACGUUCUCGACUCCCUCAACCACGCCGAUAUUGCGUGUCUCGCUCCAGCCGUCGUCCCUGGCCAAGGAAAUUAUCCCUUCCUCACUGAUUUCCAACGGAAAGGAUUCGCACGCGGUCGUGGGAAAAGAGGUGGCUUCGGUGUUCCUGAUGAUGAUGAUGAUGAUGAUGAUGAUGAUGAUGAUGAUGAAGGAUGGGGAAUUAUGUUUAUACCUAUUUUUUUCAAGAGGGGGGCUAUUGGUUUACUGGCUUAUUUGAUUGGAUGGUUGGGAAUACUAGGGGUGCCUGCAAUUUGGCUGUUUGAGUUCAUUACUUCUGGUCCUUUUAUUCCCGUUUUUACGGUAUGUUAUAUUUAUUGGUGGCUUACUAGUCCGGCGACAUGA